AUGCAUUCCGUCCAGCUUCUCUCCGCUGCCAUCUUGGCGUUCGGUGCCGCCACGGUUUCCGCUGCCACAUGCACCAAGGAUAUCACCGUCACCGAGCCUACCCAGGUUAUCUCUUGCGACGUUGUCGAUGCUGAUAUCACCAUUGACUCCGAUCUUGCUGGUGACGUCGUGAUUAAUGGCCCCAAGCAGAUUAAGGGUGACUUCAUUGUCAACAAUGCCUCUGGCCUGAUCUCGCUCACUUCCACCACCAUCAACUCCAUUUCUGGUGAAUUCCAGCUCCAGAACCUCGAGCUCCUCAGCACCCUCGAGAUGGCUUCCCUGAAGAGUGUCGGCGAGAUCAGCAUGGUCAAGCUGCCUCAGCUCAGCAGCCUGAACUUCGGUACCGAGGGCGUUACUAAGAUGACCAGCAUUCGGAUUACCGAUACCUUCAUCAGCGAUCUGAGCGGUCUUAGCGUCGCUACUGUCGAGAACUUCCAGAUUGACAACAACAAGCGCAUGACCACCUUCGACUCCGAUCUCGUCAACAUCACCGGCCAGCUUAUCAUCAACAACAACGGAAACAACAUGGAUAUCACCAUGGACAAGCUCGAGCUCGCUGCUGAGAUUCAGAUUUCCAACGUCAAGUCGUUCUCGGUCCCUGCUCUCACCAAGAUCACUGCGUCGAUCAAGUUCGAUAAGAAUCCCGAGUUCAAGACCUUCAACGCGCCUAACGUUACCGAGAUCACUAACGAUGUCUCCUUCAUCAACAACAAGAAGCUCACCAAUGUUUCUAUGCCUCUCCUCGAGAAGAUUCAGGGUGGUUUCACCAUCCAGAACAACACUGCUAUGACCACCAUUGACGGGUUCCCCCUACUGGAGAGCGUUUCUGGUGCCAUUAUUCUCCGCGGUAACUUCGAGAAGGUCGAGCUCCCCAGCCUUAACGACGUCAAGGGUGCGGUCACCGUCUCCUCCACCACCGAUAUCUCCGAUUUCUGCGACUUCUUCGACAAACUUGAGAAGAGCGAGGCUAUCCAGGGCAGCAUGACCUGCACCAGCAACAACAAGAAGGCCAACGAGGGUAGUGACGGUGGCGAGUCUACCCGUGGCAACUCUAGCAGCUCCGACUCUAGUGAUUCUGAGGACGGUGCGGGCGUUAACGGUGUCAGCAUGACUUUGCUCGCCCUUGCCGGUGUUGCCGCCCUUGUUCAACUGCUGUAA